AUGAUGAGCGGGAAGAGGCAGAGGCAGGAAAAGGACAAGAUAGCCGAGGAAUGCUGCUUCAUUUUCAAGGACAUCGGGCACGACCUCCGCGUAUGUGACUCUAGAGGACGUUCUGAUUAUCAGUGCCUGUGCUGUCCACUUUACUCGGUUUGCUGUGCCUGCCUUGGAAAAGUAGAAUUUGUGCAACUGAGAAAGCAAAAUAAGGGAUUCUGCAGAACCUGCUUGAACCUGGCUAUCGCGAUUGAGAAGAAUGAUCCUCAUGAGGCAAAAACAGAUAACUACGAAAUUUUGUUUAAAGACUACUGGGAAGGAAUUAAAGAUGCAGAACAUUUGACAUUGGUUGACCUGGAAGAAGCUAGUGAUAUUCUGAAUAGAAAGCUUAACUGUAAAGAAGGAGCGAAUUUAGAGAGAUUUCCAGCUGUUGAUCACAAGUCAGAUGAAAAUACAUCUCCUGAUAAUGGCGCCAAUGAUCAAACAAUUCCUUUUGACUCUAAGGGCAAACAGAUUAAAGCGAACACAUCACAGAAGAACAAGUCAAAUAAGAGAACCUAUGUUGGGUGGGGUUCCAGAGAGCUAAUUGGAUUCUUGUCAAGUUUUGGAAAGGAUACGUCAAAACCUCUUGAAGAACUUGAAAUUAUUGGAGUUGUCAAGGGGUACAUCAAAGAGAAGAAACUAUACCAGGACGAUAAGAAACUUCGUUUCUUGUGUGAUGAUAAGCUGCAACCCCUGUUUACGAGAAGAAAAGUGAGAUGCAAAAUGAUCUGUAGGUUCUUGGCAGUUCAUCUAGCUUCAAAUGCAGUUUCAGAAGAUGAAAUAUUUUGUAGUUCUAAAGAUGAUGAUGACGCCCCAGUUAUUAAAAAGAGACCUUGGAAUAGUCUGGAGCCAAAGAUUGCUAAGAGGGUCUCAGAAAGAAGCAAGAGACAUUUUGCCUCCCUUACUCAGAAUAAUAUCAACCUAAUCUACCUGAGAAAAACUUUAGUUAUUAGUCUUUUGAUGAGUCAGCCAGACACAUUUGAACAGAAAGUUGUUGGCUGUUUUGUUAGAGUCAAGUGCGGCAAAAAGGUGCACAGCUAUGAAAUACCUAGAAAAGGAUACCUGCUUGGACAAGUAACAGGCAUCAAGAAGUCUGAAAAUGAAUACAAGAUAAAUGAUACAUGUACAAAUAUUCUCUUAUGUGUUACUGGUUUGUUGGAUGAUGUCAGUAUAUCAAUGCUCUCAGAUGAGGACUUAGCAGAGGAUGAGUGUGAUGAUCUUAUUUCUUUGGCUGAGAAAGGACUACUGAAGCGGACCACUGUUGCUGAGUUGGAGGAAAAGGUGGCAACAGUACAUAAAGACAUAGUUAAUCAUUGGAUUGAAAGAGAACUUGUGAGACUAGAAAGAAAGAUCAACAUUGCACAGAUGAAAGGGUUACACAUCGUGGCCUCCAUGGUCAUGGCUGCUGCACAGGGAACUCGCAUGGGAGGAAAAGGGCCAUGGCCAGGAGCUUGGCCUGCUGGCCGACCGGAGGAAGAGCCCGCACUCGCCCGGCUGGGUCGUCCCCAUGGUGCCAGGCAACGCACGGCCGACGGCUCCGCUACUUCGGCUUGGCACAGGAGCUGCAACGGCGGAGGUGCCACUCAUCAAACAGUCGAUUCUUUGAAUGUUCUCAAUGGGGAACCAUCAAAAGGUGCUACAGAGGAAAUACAUGAUUGCUUGAACGUUCUUAACAAAGAAUCAUCAGAAGCUCAUGAAGCCUGCCUCAGUGGUGUUACUCCUGAUCCUGCACUACAUUAUCAAAUGGACGAUGCUCAAGAUGGUAGCCCAACUCAAGCCAUGAACAUUGACCAAGAUGAAAGUGACCACUCCCGGCAAGCUGCCAUGGCAAAGAUUAAUGAAGUUGUAGAAGUCAUCGAUCUAAGCAGUGAUGACGAUGAGGACCCUCGCACAGGGCAACAUAAGCCAGAAGGCAAGGCGAUGCAUACUCCAAGGGCCAUGAAUGGGGAUGUUCACCUGGAGCAGCGCGAGCCAGCACCUGCAACCAUGAAUGGGGGGUUCUUCAGCCGGAGCAGCGACAGCCAGCUCAUGCAGCCAUGA